AACAUAAUUUCCAUCACUUGACCCUACCUUGGCUCCAAAUAAAUAAUUAAAAUUCUCACUCAAUUAUCAUGACCCACUACAAAAUUCACUUACACCAACAUUUCAAUUUCACUUACUACAUCUUCCACAAUUUCUCUCUCUCUCUCUCACAGACACAUACACAUAUACAUACACACAUUAUACAAUUAUCAGAAAAUAAAAAAAUACACUCAGUAUACAUACUCCCAGAGCCCACAAAGUCACAAACACACACACAUAUUCAGACACCAACAAAGUCAUAUUAUACAUAUGAAGUUGGAACACUGCUGUGCUUACCGACCCCAUUUACCUUAACACUACAAUGUGCUCCUCUUCAUUCUCACCCUUUCUUCCCCUAAUUCUUCUCCUCCUCCUAUUCUUCUCACUCCCUUCAGUUCUUUCUGUCCCCACUUACAGUCCUAACCAUAUAACUUCACAAAACCAUGAUCUCCUCCAACCCAACACCAUGCCUCUCUCUGAAUCUGAAACUCUUUUCAAAAUCAUGGACUCCAUGUCCUCUGAUCAAACUUGGAGAGUUUCAUAUCCAAAUCCUUGUCAACCAGGCUCAACUUGGCCUGGAAUUGAGUGCAAAAUUGGGGAAGACAAUCGCCUCCAUGUCUCUAGGCUUGAUUUUGGUAACCCACCAAAUCCAACUUGCAAAAAAACAGCAACUUUUCCUCCUCAAAUCUUUGCUCUUCCUUACCUUGAAUCUGUCUUCUUCUUCAGCUGUUUCAUUCACACCAGAACAGAGCUUUCUGUUUCAGAAAUGGGUUUCUUAAACAAUGCUUCACUUCAGCAGUUUAGUCUCAGAUCAAACCCAUCUCUAACCGGUCCAAUUCCACCACGAAUUUCCACUUUCAAGUCCUUGCAGAUUCUCACUUUGUCACAGAAUCAACUUUCUGGGAAAAUCCCAGUUGAGCUUUUCAAGUUGGAAUCUUUAAUACACCUUGAUUUGAGCUAUAAUAUGCUAACAGGCACUGUACCUUAUCAAUUGGGCAAUCUCAAAAACCUUGUGGGACUUGAUUUGAGCUAUAAUAUGCUUACAGGUUCAAUCCCAACCACAAUUGGCCAACUGGGUCAGCUUCAAAAGCUUGAUUUGAGCUCCAAUUUGCUUAAUGGUACAAUUCCUGAUAGCAUUGAGAAGCUAAACUUCUUGUCUUUCAUGGCUUUGAGCAACAACAGAUUGAGAGGGAAUUUUCCAAAAGGAAUGGAAAAGUUGCAGAGCUUGCAGUACUUCAUUAUGGAUGACAAUCCAAUGCACAUAGCUUUGCCAUUGGAGUUUGGUAAGCUUGUGAAACUUCAAGAGCUUAGGCUAGCUUAUUCUGGGUACUCAGGGAAAAUACCAGAGAGCUUUUCACAGCUUAAGAAUCUAAGCACUUUGUCUCUGCAGAACAACAAUUUGAGCGGAGAAAUUCCGGUUGCUUUCGGAGGUCUGGCUCAUAUAUACCAUUUGAAUCUGAGCAGGAAUUUUCUUGAUGGUGUUGUUCCUUUCAAUUCAAGUUUCUUGAAGAGAUUGGGAAGGAAUUUGGAUCUGAGUGGAAACCCAGGUCUGUGUUUGAACCACUCUGAAGCAUAUAGUUUGAAGAUUGGAGUUGAUGUUUGUGGAAGGAAUAACAAUCAUUCUCUCAUGCAGCCAUUGACAUCUCAUAGUACUACUACUUCUGAGCUCUCUAAUCAAUUUUUUCUUCUCAGUCUUGCUUUGGGUUUUUUGGGGAUAUUGCAUUAGAUGUGAUCUUUAGUCUGAUUUGUAAGCUUAUCUUUUACCGUUAUAUAUAUAUAUAUAUAUAUAUAUAUAUAUUAGUAUGUAAUCCAUUUUCUUAUGUGAUUUUUAUAUUUCUGGGUCUCUGAAAAAACAACCAAAAAAAAAAAAAAAAAGAAAAGUUUGUUUUA